CUGAAGUGCUAUGUGUGCAGCUCCACCACAACCAAUGACGCAUGCAACCAGUCAUCCCAAACCUGCCAGUCACCCCUUGAUACCUGCAUGACCACUGUGGACACAUUUGGCAAAAUAAAGGCCAUAGGGAAGUAUUGCGCCAGUGCAAGGACCUGCAAAGGAGCAGCGUCAGGGGCCUCAGUGGAUGCGAAUGGCAAUGGGAACCAAGUCACCUGCUGCUCCAGUAACCUUUGUAACAUCAACGGAGCGACUGGUGUUGGGCUAAGCACACUACUGACUCUGGCUGUGUGUUUUAGCCAUGCUGUGCUCAGCAUUCUCUGGCUGCUCUGAGAAUUAAUGGAUGACCUCAUAGCAUGGGGGAAUUCAGGCAUAGCCUGCCUCCAGCACAAUAGGCAACAAUUUCACUUAAUAUUUACAGUAUAUUUUAUUUACCAAACUAAUACAGCGCUCAUAUAUAUUGUUUGUAUUUAUAUUGAAUUAAUGUGACAAUGUGGUGCGGUAAUAAAAGGUAUGUAUUUUAUUUUUAUGGCUUUGGCUGUGAUGUGUUGUAUUGUGUUAAAUAACUGUGGUAAAUAGUUUGGCCCUAUGUGAAGAGAAUAAACAAAGAUGAAUCUUUGGGGAAAAAAAAAAAGAAAAGUUAACUGGUUUUAUGUUUGCUCUACAACUGGUAUACAUUUGCAUUGACUCCUCCCAUAGAAGUGACGUUUAUCGACAUAUAAACAUAUGUCCCGCCCUUUUUCAUUCCCUUUCCGCUAAAGUCUAAGUAGUAAGUCAACGUGCCUAAGGUGCUUGGUUCUUCUUUUGAAGCUAAGGCCCUGAAUCCGGCGACUAGCACAACCAAAAUUAGGCAUCCGACGCCCAAACUAUAAAAUAUACAUAGAAAGAUGGCAUCUGUAUCUGAACUCGCUUGUAUUUACUCUGCCCUCAUCCUCCACGAUGAUGAAGUCACGGUCACAGUAAGUCCUGCUUUCAUUACCAAAAUGGCGCCUUUUAUGGCCUCUGUAUCUAACCAGGCAGAUUUGGAAGACUGGUUCUUAUCGUUAGUGCCGAGGUAGUGCCUCCGUGAAUACGAAGUGAGAGUACGCUAGUUAUAUAAUUGCCGGUAACUGUCCAAAAUGAUCGCUUACUAGCCGGAUAGCUUACUAGUCAGCAAUGUCAGUAGUUGGCUAACAUGUUAUCAGUUAACGUUAGCUAACGUUAGUUAGCCAGUGCCGCAGCCACCAUGAGUCUUCUAUUCUAGCCAACAAUGUGCUGUUGCUUGAGGCAUUGCUACUCUAGCCUGCAAACUAGCUAACCCCGGUGCCUUAGUCAGAUCUGUUUAUGGCAAGUUGCUAGCUAACCAACGUUGACUAUUCGGCACAUUUAUUUGCCCAUAUCUUCUUGGCGCUAACUUGAGCAUGUUAACGCUGGUAAACGGUCACGUGAAUGCGAUGAAGGCAGCCACCAAUGGCUGUGGUUUCUUCCCAGUCGCCAGCUUACUUGUGUACUAACUUGACAAAGGCUAAACAACACCAGUCUGUCUGAUGGUUGUUUUGGCUUCGUGGUUGUAGGGGUCUGUGAUGUCUAAUCUAAUAUUUCUCCAUGUGUUUGCAGGAAGACAAACUGAUGGCUCUCAUCAAGGCUGCCAAUGUGACGAUUGAGCCUUUCUGGCCCAGUCUGUUCUCCAAGGCCCUGGCCAGUGUAGACAUUGGCAGCCUGAUCUGCAACGUGGGUGCAGGUGGUGGAGCUGCACCUGCCGCUGGAGGCGCUGCACCUGCUGCAGACGCACCAGCCAAGGAGGAGGAGAAGAAAGAGGAGAAGAAGGAAGAGUCAGAGGAGGGUUCCGAUGACGACAUGGGCUUCGGUCUUUUCGACUAAACCAGUUUUUGUAACAAAUAAAAUGAAAGAAACUGAACUGGCAA